ACAGGCCCCUGGCACAGGCGAGGCACUGUCGCGCGCGGAAUCGAGCGAUCGGUCACACAAUUCAGGAGAAGAGAGCAGGAGCUCGAGUUGCCGCCGCGCAGCAGCAGCAGCAGCAGCAGCUGGGGGGCUCGGGAAGAACAGCCAUGGGGAAGGGGCGGGCACCGUGCUGCGCCAAGGUGGGGCUGAACAAGGGCUCCUGGACGCCGGAGGAGGACAUGCGCCUCAUCGCCUACAUUCAGAAGUACGGCCACGCCAACUGGCGCGCCCUGCCCAAGCAAGCAGGUUUGCUGCGGUGCGGGAAGAGCUGCCGGCUGCGGUGGAUCAACUACCUCCGCCCGGACCUGAAGCGCGGCAACUUCACCGCCGACGAGGAGGAGACCAUCAUCAAGCUCCACGCCAUGCUCGGCAACAAGUGGUCCAAGAUCGCGUCGUGCCUGCCGGGCAGGACGGACAACGAGAUCAAGAACGUCUGGAACACGCACUUGAAGAAGCGGGUGUCGCCGGCCGGCGGCGGGGAGGAGCGCGGCGCCAAGAAGAAGAAGAAGAAGAAGGAAGCAGCCGCUGGCGGUGGCGCCGAGGAGCCGCUCCCGUCGCCGUCGCCGUCGCCGUCCUCGUCCACCACGACGACAACGACGACCAACUGCUCCAGCGGCGACGACUCCGGCGAGCAGCAGAGCAACACGAGCAAGGAGGAGCCGGACGACGACGAGCUGGACCUGGAGAACCUCGAGAUGAUGCGCAUGCUCGACGACCCCAUCACCUUCGGCUUCGACAUGCUGGUGGACCCCGUGCCGCCGCCGGCGCCGUACGGCCCGGCCGUGUCCUCUCCCACGUCGCCCUGCGCCUCGUCCGGCGUGGACGACCACCUGCUCGUGCUGCCGGAGAUCGACAUCGAUCAUGAGCUGUGGAGCAUCAUCGACGGCGACGCUUGCACCGUGGCCGACGCCGAGGCACCGGCGCCGUGCUGCCAGCUGAGCAAUGCGUCGCAGCCGCCGAACGGCGGCGCCAACACGAGCAGCCACGGAGCGGAGGAGGGAAAGGAGUGGUGGUUGGAGGACCUGGAGAGGGAGUUGGGCCUGUGGGGCCCUGUGGAGGAGUACCAGUACCAGUACCCAAUGGGCCCACAUGGUCUGGUCGCUGACCAGCCGGACCCACUUCCUGCCAUGGUGGAUGACCCAGUGUCCUGCUACUUCGAAGCGGGCCCCGCCUCCGCCAUGCUCCAGGAACCCGCAUACUCUGCUGCAGUUACAAGCAGUAACCAUGUGGGGUUGUGAGAUUAUCGUCGUUCAUUUGUGAUUUUUUAGAUAUAGCAAACAGGUAUCCUCAAACGAUCGUAUGCCUGGCAACCGUCGACACCAGCAUACUUAUACUUGUAUAAUUGUACAAGUGCAUGAUAUAGCUCAAGAGGAGCAGAAACUCAAUACGAAUACGCCGACGGAACCAGCACCGGCGUAUGCACAUAUACAGAAGAUCUAAAGGGAGAUCAGUUAGGCUAGUAUGCACAUAUACAGAAGAUCUAAAAAGAUGCUAUUUUUGGGCAGGCAUGCAGCAUUGAGCAAUGCGCAGUCAUAGAUUCACAAAAGAGUCAAUAUUUCCGGUACUCACUGAGUUAACCCAAAGAUGUAACUUACCUUCAGUUGGCUGUUGGUAUAUAUUAAUAUAUAUAAAUAAAAUAUAC